GAGAAGAUUACAAAGGAGAUGAACUACAUUCUGUCCAGCCAGGACACAGUUUUGGCUCAGAUUACCACGCUGGAGAGUGCCAUCACACAAACUGAGGUUAACAGCGUGUCAGCCAGAGAGCAGUUGGCUCAGCGCAUCAGGGAUCUGCCGGCCGCUCUAGCCGAGCGCCAUGCUUCGCUCACCCAGGCUCUGGAGGUGGCACGACAGAAACGAGGCGAGGCGUUGGCUGCUCAAGUGGCAGAGAGACGGAGCUUGAUGGAACAUGCAGGCCUCAUGGCGUUUACUCAGGAGCUGCUGAAGGAAACAGACCAGCCCUGCUUUGUGCAGGCUGCUCGCCAGACUCAUAACAGGUUGAGCAAAGCAAUUGAGAAUUUCCAGCAUUUCACGCUGGCUGCUGAUCCGUCCUUCAGACACUUCCAGCUGGAUGUGUCCAAGGAACUCAAACUCCUGACAGAGCUGAACUUCAUCCAGGCCCCUAUGGCUCCAGUGAUUGACACCCAGCGUACCCUGGCCUAUGACCAGCUCUUCCUGUGCUGGCGACUGCCCCAAGAGUCUGCACCCGCCUGGCACUUCUCCGUCGAGUAUCGCCGUCGGGGUGUGGUACCAGGAGGAGCAUCCAGAGGUGGGAUAAGAGGAGGAUUGUCUGCCGCCCGAUGGGGCUGGCAGCGACUGGAUGAAGUGAAUGGAACCAGCACUGUGAUCGACAGGUUGGAAAUGGACAGCGUGUAUGUGCUGAGGGUGAGAGGCUGCAACAAGGCGGGCUACGGGGAGUACAGUGAGGAGGUGUACCUGCACACCCCACCUGCACCAGUGCUCAACUUUUACCUGGACUCUCGCUGGGGCCUCCAUGCUGACCGGCUGGUUGUCAGUAAAGAGCAGCGUUGCGCUCGCAGUGUCCCUGGUCUCUCUCUGCUGCAGGCUGCUGACCAUGCCCUCACUUCCUGUCACCUGACUUCAGACCUCUUGGUUGGUGAUGUAGCUAUUACACAGGGACGACACUACUGGGCAUGCUCUGUAGAGCCUGGUUCUUACCUUGUGAAGGUGGGAGUUGGUCUCGAAUCCAAACUGCAGGAGUGGUUUCACCUUCCACAAGAUAUGGCCAGUCCCCGAAAAAAACCAGACAGUGGCCAUGACAGUGGAGCAGAAGAUGCCCUGGACUCUGCUCCACCCUUCUGCUUCCUCACUAUGGGCAUGGGUAAAAUCUACAUGCCUCAACACAACUACCACCACCACAGUAGCCAUGGGAACAGCAUCCGAGACCCCAUCACUAACAGCAACGGCCCCUCCACACCCACAGGCCUCACCUACCCGCUGCCGCCCCGACUUGGUGUAUGCCUUGACUUUGAGAAGGGCCGUGUCACCUUCUUUGACGCCCACUCUCUGCGACCUCUGUGGGAGGGUCAUGUAGAUUGUUCUGGCCCCGUGUGUCCAGCUUUCUGUUUCAUUGGUGGAGGAGCACUGCAGCUGCAGGAGCUGGUAGCCAAUCACAACGCGGAUCAGACUCCGGUCAGAAGGGUAACCAUCCAAACCCGUGUCUCUAAUUUAAAUAACAACUGACCUCUGAUCUAAGGUUAUAUGGUAAUUUGGAAUGUAAUUGGUAAUUGUGAAGUAUUUACUCACCUAGAGCAAAAAGUUUGACAUCUCAGCGAUUUUGUUUAGUAUUUAAUUUCCUUUGUAUAAGAAAAUGUUUCUAUAGCAACAAAUAUGCAAUGUAAUUAUGUUUCUUACAUUUUUGUUAUACCAAGUUUUGCAAGAACUGUUGCUUAAGUAGUGUCUGGUCUAUCCAGCACUUGAUAUGUAAUGUAGCUAUAUCUUUGAUGCUUGCACUUGUAGCCAUGCUAUAUUGCAUAUACGUAUCUAUAAAGCUCAUCUAGAUACAGCACCACACAUUGUUGUCUUUCAUAUAAAAGCAUUCACUCUCAUUGCUUUAAUGCUAAAAGCUCAACAUCUCACAUGUUUUGGAGAUAUGAUCAUCACGUAAGCAACAAAAAGCUUGAAUAUUUUAUUUAAUCUCUAUUCAAACCUGUGUUUAACUACACAGCUGAUGAAAAUUCUUUGUUGUUUGUGGCUAUUUUCUAUUCACCCAUUGUGAUGCCAACCAAAGGUAUAAUUUUCCUGGGAUGUAAAUGUGGUAAAUUAGAAGUAGAGAGGAACAAUGAGGUAAUACUGUAAUUAGAAGCUCCAAUUAUACCUCUGCCAAACAGUUAAUCACUACUUACCACGGUUCUGUUUGUGCUUUGCUGUUUUGUAUUUCAAAUACAUGAGUCUGAUGUCUGUGUGUGUGUAUUUGCUUCCCCAUGUGCAUGGGCUGUGUGUAUGGUUUGACUGAUAAUAGUGCUGACUCACUAGCCAACAGUAAAAAAAAAAAAAAAAGCUGUUUUCUCACAACCAAUACUUUUGAUUUUUUUCUUCAACCUUGCUUGGUUCUAAGUUAAUUAGCAACGCUUAUUAUGAAACGAUUAGCAGAUUAUAUCCAUGUAAACGUUCCCUGCUGGCAGAAUGUUUGCAAAAGAAAAAUGGAUUAAGGAAAUAAA